AUGACCCCUGCCAACAGCACCCUGCUGCUAGCGGGGCUGAUGUCCCCAACGCACUCACUCCCCCCGCAGCCGCACCGCACUCACUCCCCCCGCAGCCCCAACGCACUCACUCCGCCCGCAGCCCCAACGCACUCACUCCCCCCGCAGCCCCAACGCACGCACGCACCCGCAGCCCCAACGCACGCACGCACCCGCAGCCCCAACGCACGCACGCACCCGCAGCCCCAACGCACGCACGCACCCGCAGCCCCAACGCACGCACGCACCCGCCCGCAGCCCCAACGCACGCACCCGCCCGCAGCCCCAACGCACGCACGCACCCGCAGCCCCAACGCACGCACGCACCCGCAGCCCCAACGCACGCACGCACCCGCAGCCCCAACGCACGCACGCACCCGCAGCCCCAACGCACGCACGCACCCGCAGCCCCAACGCACGCACGCACCCGCAGCCCCAACGCACGCACGCACCCGCAGCCCCAACGCACGCACGCACCCGCAGCCCCAACGCACGCACGCACCCGCAGCCCCAACGCACGCACGCACCCGCAGCCCCAACGCACGCACGCACCCGCAGCCCCAACGCACGCACACCCGCAGCCCCAACGCACGCACGCACCCGCAGCCCCAACGCACGCACGCACCCGCAGCCCCAACCACCCCGCAGCCCCAACGCACGCACGCACCCGCAGCCCCAACGCACGCACGCACCCGCAGCCCCAACGCACGCACGCACCCGCAGCCCCAACGCACGCACGCACCCGCAGCCCCAACGCACUCGCUCACCCGCAGCCCCAACGCACUCGCUCACCCGCAGCCCCAACGCACUCGCCACCCGCAGCCCCAACGCACGCGCCACCCGCAGCCCCAACGCACUCACCCGCAGCCCCAACGCACUCACCCGCAGCCCCAACGCACUCACCCGAGCCCCAACGCACUCACCCGCAGCCCCAACGCACUCACCCGCAGCCCCAACGCACUCACCCGCAGCCCCAACGCACUCACCCGCAGCCCCAACGCACUCACCCGCAGCCCCAACGCACUCACCCGCAGCCCCAACGCACUCACCCGCAGCCCCAACGCACUCACCCGCAACCGCACUCACUCCCCUCGCAGCCCCACCGCACUCACUCAGCCCCACCACACUCACUCACCCGCAACCGCACUCACUCCCCCCGCAGCCCCACCGCACUCACUCAGCCCCACCGCACUCACUCACCCCGCAACCGCACUCGCCCGCAGCCCCCUGCCCCCCGCCCUCACUCCCCUCACUGCCCUCACUCCCCUCACUCCCCUCACUCCCCCGCAGCCCCCCGCAGCCCUCCGCACUCACCCGCAGCCCAGCUCCACGCCGCAGCCGGCCCCGGCUCUUUUGAAAGUAGCAGUUCAACUGCGGCCGGCCAACAGUGGCCGAGCGUCCUCCAAUCAGAGAGCGGGGCGCGGCCACGCAGCCGCCAAUCGGCGAGCAGGCUAA